AUGACUUGCGAGGUUAAGGGAACAGCAUUUAUCACAGGCGGAAUUGGCAAGGCCACCGCCCUGGCCUUCGGAAAGAAUGGCAUCAAUGCAUUGGCUCUAGUCGAUCUGAACUUGGCUCUCCUCGAGAGCACUCGUCAAGAACUCCGGAAUGAAUACCCAGGAGUCGAGGUUGAAAUCUUCGAGGUAAACGUCGCAGACGAGGCGUCUGUCGACACUGCUGUUCAAAAGACGGUGGAAAGAUUCGGCAGCAUUGACAUUGGAGUCAACUGCGCCGGAAUCAGCGGAAAUCCAACCUCCACUCACGAGAUGUCAUUGGCAGAAUGGAAUAGGGUGAUUGCAAUUAAUCAGACUGGACUGUGGCUCUGUCAGAGAGCUCUCGUCCGGCAGAUGUUAACUCAGGAGUCGCGUGGUGUUCGCGAGGGUCGAGGAGUUAUUGUCAAUGUUUCGUCUAUGUUUGGUGUGGGUGGCCCACCAGGGCCAUUCGGUAUUCCGCAUUAUACUGCUGCAAAGCACGCGGUCGUUGGAGUGACCAAAAUGGACGCCAAAGCAUAUUCACCACAAGGAAUUCGCAUCAAUGCCAUCUGUCCUGGAUUUGUGGACACUCCGAUCAUCAAGGAGCAAAUUGAAUCCGGCUCAAUGGAUGCCCAGUUCCAAAUGACCCCCAUCGGUCGCCCUGCAAGGGUUGAGGAAAUUUCUGAUGUGAUGAUGUUCCUUGCCUCCAGCAUGAGCAGCUAUAUGUGCGGAGCGGCAUUAGUCGUCGACGGAGGAUUCACAGUUUGA